AUGUCUCGCUCUACUCAACCUGCCGACGACUACAACGAUGAUCUUGAUGAUAUCGACGAAUUUGACGAGAAUGGGAUGCCUGGAGGCCCCCUGACCAUUAAGUGGAUGUCAGAAUGUACAGAUCGUCUCCUGGAUUGGUUGGAACAAAAUGUUCAGAAACGACAUCUGCUCUUCUCCAACUCCCAGGAAGAUGCCAACAAAGAGAGUAGGAAGAAGGGUCAGGCAAAGUCGAGCAAGGUUACGAUACAUGGGGAGAUAGCUCAGUUUGUAUUCAGUGGAGAUAGGGAUCCAGUCAUAUGCAGCACUCUCAAAGCCAAUCCGGGAAGGUUUGCAAAAGCUGUCGAUAACCACAUUGCCUCACUCAAGAAAAAAUACCGUCAAUCUUGUACAACACUGGGUCAUACUGGAGCUGGUCUCACUUUUGACCAACUAGAAGGGAACCCCGACUACAAAGGACCAAUUGGUGCGUUCCUACGUUAG